GGCGCAUGACGUCACACUUCUGUGGGCAAACACACGGAGAAAAUAUCUCUCCUGCACAGACCGGAUCUUUUUUUUCCUUUUUUUUUUAAUGAUUUUGUUGUCUAAAAACGCCACCAUGUUGCCUUUUAAGAGAACUUUUGAGGGCGAGAAGCAUCAGCUGCAGGAGCUGAACGGCCGGCUGGCCCAGUACCUCUCCAGGUCGCAACAACUGGAGCGGGAGAACGCGCGUCUGAUGGGCGAGAUCAAGCAGCUGAGACAGGCCACGGUGGCGGAAAGGGAGCCGCGGUACAAGGCCGAGAUGCGGGAGUUGAGGAGGAGCCUGGAGCAGAUGUGCCUGGAGAAGUCCCGGGCCGAGGUGGAGAGGGAGCGGCUGUGGAAGGAGCUGCAGGAGGUGCGCGCGCAGUGCGGCCAGCAGAGCGCGGCGUGCCGGGACAUCAGCGUGGAUCUGCGGGGCUGCGAGAAGGAGCUCCGGGACGCGCACAAGACCAACACUUCCCUCCAGCAGCGGUUAGUCGACCUCCAGAACGAGUGCGCCUUCCUGGAGGAGCGACACAGGCAGGGGGUGGAGCACCUACGGCGUCAGGUGGGCUCCGGGCCGCAGGCGCCCUGCGUCCUCACGCAAACCUACACCGGGCCCGCAUCCGCGGAGGAGGUGCAGUGCUACGCCCGGGAGCUCUCCGAGGGAUGGAUGGAGACCCUGGAGGUGUACCAGCGGAAGGUGGAGGAGAUGGAGCGCACCGUGCAGGAGGAGCAGGCCUUGCUGAGCGACCUGCGGAGCGAGAAGCAGCAGCACGCCGUGCAGCUGGACAAAUUACGCACGGACGCGGAAAAGCAAGGGCGGCUUCAAGCGCGUCUGGAGGAGGAACUGAUGCUCAUGCAGGAGAAGUUCGGUCACGACGUGGGAGAAUAUCAGAUGAUUAUUGAGCAGCUGGAACGUGAGAGGAACAUGAUGGCCGAUGCAAUUGGUAAGAAGAUGCAAGAACAUCAGCAUCUUCUGCAGGUCAAGAUGGACCUGGGCAUGGAGGUGGCUGCCUACAGAUCUCUUUUGGAAGGUGAGCGAGCUGGUCUUCAAGACCCCCAUAGGAGGGUGAACCAACAUUCAAGAGAAAGAUUAUUAGAUAUCAAGAUGACCGGCCAACCUUACACUCCAAGAACCACAACCAGACAGAGUAUGGAUGUCAGGUUUACACCACCUUCUUCUCAUCUGAGAAGAUCUCCUGUGGUUCAACCAGGGUCCAGAAGUCCCUCAAGAGUGGUUCCAAUUUCCCUUACAACCAGGACGCAAAAUCAGAGUCCUGCUUCGAGAAGGGACAUGAUCUCAUUCAUUAAAGCCCGGAGUGCCUCUUCUGCCGCUGUUCCCACUUCCACAGAAGAUAAAGGAGCAGUAAAGAGUGGGAAGCAAAGUCAAAAGUCAAUAAGAACGGAAGAGAAAAGUAAGAAAGUCGAACAGAUCUCACUGGUAGAGAACCAAACUAGGUCCAUCAAGUCCUCGGCUGCUGAGACCACACCGAGAAAAGUGCUCUCACCAGGGAUUACAAGCCUGGACACAAAACCAAUGUGGAUGAAAGAGGUAGAUGAACCAGAUAAAGGAGAUGACAAGGGGUUUAAAGAGGAAGGUAAAUCUGAGUCCACGAUGGAGACAAGUGAGGGAAAGGCAUUCAACAGUGUGUCUGUCGAGGAGAUAAUUGAAAAAGUCAUCAAACCAGCUGGUUUGGAAGCCAAAGAUUGUUCCUCUGGAGAAUCAAAUAUGACCUACCACGUAGAGAAAACUACACAAGAGGAUGGCUCGACUAAGACCCAGAUUGUGCUAGAGUCCAAAGUGAAAGAAGAAGUGGAUGUUUCUGUGGACUCUUCCCUAGAUCAGCUGCUGAGUCAAGGAGUGCAGAACGUAUCUCUGGAGGAUAUCAAGGACACAGCGACAGGAAGCAUGAUCAAGAACCUGCUAAGUGGCCUUCAGGGUCAGGGUAGUCUACAAAACAGGUCAGUCAAUGUGGAGAUCAUUGAGCAAGCAGUGGAGUCUUCUGGUGAUGAAGUUACAGAAAAGUGUUUUUAUGAGCCCUCGUCAUAUUUCCAAAUUGAGGAGAUGGAAAAUGAACAAGAUGCUCAGAAGAGUGCUGCUGAUGACAUGAAAACUAUGGUUGAUCCUAAGAGUGGAUCUGUUCCGGUUCAUGAGGUCAUUAAGGAGAGUGAAACUUUAUAUUUCACCCAUGACCAAGAGCCUGAGGAGUAUUUUGUCUCCACACCUGAUGAUAAUCUCUCAGAACUUGAAGAGACGUGUGGCAUCACCUCAUAUGGUCAUUAUGGCAUUGUGGAUGACUUGUCUGAUGAGAGGUAUUAUCAAGAAGACAGACUUCCACAAAGCAAAGCCAUCGUUAAGGAACAAGACGACUACAAGUUUACUCCAGGGGAACGUUCCUUUCUCAGAGAGAGUAUUCCUGAAUGCAUCAUUGAAGAGGAGAUUCGUGUUUCCCCAAUAGUGCAGGAGUCAAUGAUGGAGUUCCUGCGAGAGGACUCUUUGGCGCCUAAAGAACAGCUGAGGGGUGCUUUGGAGAAAUUACAAGGUUCGGUGUCAGGUCCACUAAGGGAUGAGUUAGCUUAUCUAACAAAAGUUAGCGGUGAAAAUCCACAAAAUGUGGCUGUGGACAUCAAGAAAGUGCAGAAGUCGAGUGACAGCGGAACCACCACCAUAGUCGCAGAGCUUAACGUCUCCCAAACUCUGGAGGACUCUGGGCUGCUAGAUGAUGACGAUUUAUCGGAUGAGCAGAUCAUGGAAGCUCUGAGGUCUUCUCACCUGGGUAGUGCCUUGCAGGGAGGCGCAAGGGAGGGCUACAGCUUUCGGAUCUCCAAAGAACAGCAGGUUAUGCUCGGCGAUGAGUUUGACUUCACGAGGGAAGGCGAGUCAACGUCAGUUCUUACAGAAAGACAAAUACAACUAGGGCCAUCCGAGAAGACCUUUAGCAUUCAGAUGGAGGGGCACAGCAGUCACACCGAGGAUAGUUCUGAUCAAGAAUGAAUGAUAAAAUUACAAAAUGUUGCUUUCCCUGAAAGAAGACUGGGAGUACUUAAUCACGCAUCACCUACCACUCACAAAGGACACAAUAUCUCUAUUUGUUGUACCCUGAAUGGGAUACAGAGGGUUACAAAGGAUCACUCCAACACUGUUUCAAUGAUUCUUAUCAAUGCAAUACCGGCCAUACUUCUGGGAAUAUGUCCAUCAAUGUCUCUGGGAUUGCUUCUAUAUCUAUAUGCCAAAGUAAGACUCAUAUGGAUUUUUGCCUAUGGACUAUCUGACCUGAGAGGUUUACGGUUAUUGGAGUGGAAGUUGACUCUUUGCAUCCACCAUCAUCCAAAAUGUGUACCCUAGUUGACUUAAAAAUAGACUAAUUUGAAACAUGUCACAUGUUCUUAGUCACAUUUUCCCACUGUCCUGUGCAGAGACUUUCCAAUAUUAUGAUAUACAGUUUUGUGCGAAAGUCUUUGUCCAGUUUUGAAGACUUCAAAUACAGAGGAACCUGAACUCACGAGCUAAAGUAUUUCCCUGACCAAGCUUGUAACUCAAAACACUCUUAUCUUAAAGGCCUACUGAAAUGAGAUUUUCUUAUUUAAACGGAUAUAGCAGGUCUGUUCAAUGUGUCAUGCUUGAUCAUUUCGCGAUAUUGCGAAAUUUUUGCUGAAAGGCUUUAGUAGACAACAUCCACAAUGAAGUUCGCAACUUUUGGUCACUAAUAAAAAAGCCUUGCCUGUACCGGAAGUAGCAGACGAUGUGCGCGUGACGUCACAGGUUGUGGAGCUCCUCACAUCCUCACAUUGUUUACAAUCAUGGCCACCAGCAGCGAGAGCAAUUUGGACAGAGAAAGCGACAAUUUCUCCAUUAAUUUGAGCGAGGAUGAAAGAUUCGUGGAUGAGGAAAGUGAGAGUGAAGGACUAGAGAAAAAAAAAUAGACGGCAGAGCGAUUCAAAUGUUAUUUGACACAUUUACUAGGAUAAUUCUGGAAAAUCCCUUAUCUGCUUAUUGUGUUACUAGUGUUUUAGUGAGAGUAUAUGAUCGUACCUGUACAGCCUGAAAGUCGGAGGGGUGUGGCCACGGGUGUGGUGACCGCCAGUGUCACUGAGGGAAGCCACGUUUCUCGACGAGGCAAAGCGAAGGCUGGCGUUGGGGCCGGGCUGAGAUUUUUUUUUUCUCCCUCCUCCAUGUUGGAAGCAUCCCACGUUUGGGGGCGGCCGGUCGGAGGAGGCAAGAGAGUCCGCAACUGCCUCUUUGAAAGGUGCACGAAGAACGACACAAGCUCUCCGCUCAUGUCUACGGUAAGAGCCGACUUAUUACCACAAUUUUCUCACCGAAACCUGCCGGUUGACAUGUGGUAGGGAACCAUGUUUGCUUGACCGCUCUGUUCCAUAGUAAAGCUUCACCGUCAUCUUUUGUGAAUGUAAACAAGGAAACAAGGAAACACCGACUGUGUUUGUGUUGCUAAAGGCGGCCGCAAUACACCGCUUCCCACCUACAUCUUUCUUCUUUGAUGUCUCUAUUAUUAAUUGAACAAAUUGCAAAAGAUUCAGCAACACAGAUGUCCAGAAUACUGUGUAAUUAUGCGAUUAAAGCAGAUGACUUAUAGCUGAUUUUGGGGCUGGAACAAAAUUUCCGCUACAAUCUGUGACGUCACGCGCACACGUCAUCAUACCGCGACGUUUUCAACAGGAUACUUCGCACGAAAUUUAAAAUUGCAAUUUAGUAAACUAAAAAGGCUGUAUUGGCAUGUGUUGCAAUGUUUAGAUUUCAUCAUUGAUAUAUAAACUAUCAGACUGCAUGGUCGGUAGUAGUGGGUUUCAGUCGGCCUUUAAAUCAGGCACGUCCAUUGAAAUGAAUUGUAAUCAAUUUAAUCUGUGCUUGCCCCACCCAAAUCAGCUGUCUUUAACAUACUUUGGAAAAAAAUGUUUACUUUUAGAUAACUAAUUAUGUUUAAAAAACAUUACAAUAGCAUGUACUACAUAUGCUUCUCCAUAUUUGUAUGGAUAAAUGUCCUGUUUGGGGCUGCAUGCCACAGAGGCUAGGCUGUGUGUUGCAGACUGACAAUGCUGUGGUCAGACUGACUCAUCUGGUUGGCUAAGCAGUCAGAAUUGCUGAAAAAGGUUUGUUUCUCUUAUUAGGUCAUCCACUUCUUCUCCUUCGCACUAUCUUUCUGAGUUUCUCAAAUUGGAGUGGAGGAUAAUGUCAAUAUCUGGCUAUGGGCUGUGGACUAUUACUUCAACUAGUGAUGCGGGGAAGCACGUAACACAAAAUGUGCUCACAAAUUUAAAUCUAACAAAAGAAGCGGCUGGUAUCCAGAAAUACUUUUAGGUUGAGAUAUUUUAAAUUGAGGCACCACUGUAGAAGGACAGACUCGGCAGGAUUACACAAAAAAUUCCAAACCAAUCUUCACCAUGAAUUGAUUAACGACUUAAACAAGUUGAAAAACUUAUUCGGGUGUUACAAUUUAGUGGUCAAUUGUACAAAAUACAUACUGUACUGUGCAAUCUACUAAUAAAAGUUUCAAUCAAUCAAAAAACAAACAAACUGUUUGUCAAGGGAUGGCAUGUAGAUAUUUUGGUGAAGUGUUGGAUCAAAACACAGAUUCCUCCUACAGAACUUUUUGUCAGGACGGAGAGUAGCCUGCGAACAAACUGAAGGACAAACCAAACAAAAACACUUUACAGUCAAGGUUUUACAGACUAAAUUAAACAUUUGCGCAAUUAUCGAUUUUAUUUUCAAAUGUAUUGCAACCAACAUGCUCGGUAAAGCUGUGAUAUUUAGUAAUCGGUGAUAUCGCAAGUGGUUGUGUUUUUACAAUGAAACACUAAACAAUGCAGCUCUUGUCUCAUGUUUAUAACAGCUGGUGCCAUAUAGUUAAAAUAUAUCAAAUACUACACAUAUUUUCAUUUAUGAUAGUGUCCUCCUGUUUUACCUAUUGUUGCAGUAGUCAAAAGGGAUGGAGUAUAGCUUGUUUCGGGAAGAACAUUAUAGCACCCAGUAUGCUUUUGGAAGUCUAUUUCUGUCCUAGCCUUUGCUGUGCAGGUUACACUUGUUGUGCCACUCAUCACCCCACUCUCACAACUUUGUGUGCCAGGCUCGAGAGUUUAGUUGGGAGUUAAAAUGGGGGCAGUGCGCAGUUUUUGAAGGAAGCGGGGGGAUUACGUUACCAGCUUGUAUUUAGAUUAGUCCCCCAGAAUCUUUCAGAAUGAUAAAGUUAAGUAUCAAUGUCGCGAAGAGGAAAUGGUUGCAGUGUCUGGACACUGUUUGCUUGACACGUUAUUCAAGUAGGAUCCUUACUUAAGUGUGUGUUCAUUACCGCUCACUAUUUUUGUGUCGGCUUACUGGCGCUGGCUGAGUGCUCUCAAGGUUUUGGUGUGUUGUUUACAUGUUGAAAAGGGGUCAGGGAAGGUCACAUGGCUACUUGCUGUGUACAUUUCUCUCAAUAGCUUCUGAAUUACAUGUUGAAAAAUGAUUAAGAAAGGGAAAGUUGAUUUCAAAUGUCCUGUAUUAGAUCACCUGCUGUGUGUCUGUCAUUGCAUUAUUGUUCAUCCCAACAUCAAAGGCUAUUUCAAUGCUGCAGUUUGAACAAAAUGUUACUUUUUUUCCCCUCUUUCACCUUAAUAAACAAACACACUAUGUUCA